AUGGACAAAGACCCACGCGACGACUUCACGUUCGCCAAACUCUCAGAUCUCAAGCUACCUGUGACGUUCAGAAUAUCCCAACUAGAAGGUGUUCGCAAGCCCCGGUCAUUCACCGAGCUGCUGGACAACCCCGAGCUUCGGUUCCACGGCGUGCAAUCCUCGACUCUUUCAGAUCUCUACGUGACGUGCCAGCUUGUCGCGGAUAACAAGCCGCUCACGAUCCCGUUCCGCACGUCGUUCAAGGCGUUUAAGAACUCAUAUACGUGGAACGAAUGGAUCACGCUACCAAUACGAUACUGCGACUUGCCGCUCAGCUCCCAGAUUGCGUUUACCGUGUGGGAUAUUGGUGGUCCGAGGCAGGCUAUCCCAGUAGGAGGGUCGACGUUUAGGUUGUUUGGGAAGAAAUGGACCUUACGGAGAGGAAAGCACAGAUUGCUGCUAUGGCCCAACGUCGAAGCAGACGGUUCGGUGGAAACAACAACACCUAGCAAGCUUGCCGUUCAGGACGAGAUGGGGCGCUUAGAGAAGCUUGUUAAGAAGUAUGAAAGGGGCGACCUGCCAAAGUCGGACUGGCUUGACAAGAUGGCAUUUCGGAAGAUGGAGGAGAUCCAUGCAGCAGAGACAGAGAAAUCCGAGAACCUCUUCCUGUACAUCGACCUGCCUAGAUUUGAUUUCCCCGUUAUCUUCAGCGAACCUGAAGGGUCUAACGCUGCCACUGCCACCACCCCCCUUCCAACAAUCGUCCAAUCGCCACUUGCCACUCCAUCCAUUUCCUCCAGUUUCAUUAAUGACUCCAGCCUAUGGAGUGUCGUCGACCCCGAUAUCGCGCAUGAGAAUCCAGUCGAAGACAAGCAUCGUCGUCUCGUUCGAAGCCAUCGUAGCAGCCCAUAUGACCGAGAGCUGAAGCCCAAUGCAAACAUUCGAGACGAGCUAGCUGUCAUCUUGAGCUACUCUCCAAGCCAACCAUUAACAUCGGAAGAGAAGGAUGUCAUCUGGAAAUUCAGGUUCUACCUUGCUCGAGACAAGAAGGGUCUCACGAAGUUCCUCAAAUCUGUGGCAUGGCGAGAUUCUUCUGAAGUCAAGCAAGCGGUAGAGGAGCUCUUGCCACAGUGGACCGAGAUCGACACAGACGACGCACUGGAAUUGCUUGGUCCAGGGACUGUCGACUCUCGUGUUCGGGCGUUUGCCGUUAAGCAAUUGAGUCGAGCUGAUGACGAUGAGCUUCUUUUGUAUCUGUUGCAGCUUGUCCAGGCAUUGAAGUUUGAGAGCGUCGCCACCGAACAACGGUCAUCUAGAUCUACCACCACUGCUAUUUCUUACGAAGAUAGUGGCCUCUCUGAUUUCUUGAUAGCCCGAGGCGUCAUGAAUCCGGUCCUAGGGAAUCGAUUGUACUGGUAUCUUAUGGUCGAAGUUGCACUGGAAGAUCGGGUAAUGGCAAAGGUCUAUGGGCGUGUGGUGUUCAAGUACAUGAGCAAGAUCAUGGAGGCUGAAAACGGUUCGGAAAGGCGCGAAACAAUCCGCCGACAAGGUCUCAUGAUAGACACACUCGCCAAACGGUCGCGAGAACUCCGAACAUCGAAAGAUCCUCGUCCAAAGAAGAUCGAAAAACUCAGGUCGCUCAUCAUGGACUCCAAGAACAACCUCUCAUCCUUCGAUCCUUUACCGCUUCCGCUAAACGCAAACAUUGAGACAACGGGUAUCAUCCCAGAGAAGUCAAGCGUGUUCAAGUCGAACAUGUACCCCCUCCUUCUCUAUUUCCAGUGCUCCGACGGCAGCGAGUACCCGGUCAUCUUCAAGGAUGGAGAUGACAUGCGGCAGGAUCAACUAGUCAUCCAGCUCUUCACGCUCAUGGAUCAGCUCUUGAGAAAGGAGAAUUUGGACCUGAAGUUAAGCCCGUAUGACGUGCUGGCGACAGGACCGAUGCAAGGUAUGGUGCAAUUCAUACCGAGCAAAACGAUUGCUGCAAUUGUGAGCGAACAUGGGACGUUGUUGAAUUAUUUGCGAGCACACCAUCCGGACGAAGGUAGCGUUGGCACUUCUGGUGUAGAACCGAGUGUUAUCGACACGUUUGUUCGAAGUUGUGCUGGGUAUUGUGUUGUAACGUACUUGCUGGGAGUGGGCGACCGGCAUUUGGACAACUUGUUGGUAGCACCUGAUGGGCAUUUCUUCCAUGUCGAUUUCGGUUAUAUCCUCGGUCGUGAUCCCAAACCUUUCCCCCCACAAGUCAAAGUAUGCAAAGAGAUGGUCGACGGAAUGGGAGGAGCCCAGUCACCCCACUACGCACGGUUCAAGAACUUCUGCUUCACCGCCUUCACCAUCCUACGAAAGAGCACCAACCUCAUUCUGAACUUGGUCACUCUCAUGGUUGAUGCCAAUAUCCCCGACAUCAAGCACCGUGACGUGCACGAGCAGCUACAGGAGAAGUUCCGGCUCGACCUCACAGAGGAAGAGGCCAUCAAGCACUUCGAGGUGCUCCUCAACGAGACGUCAUAUAUCACAGUUGUGUUGGACAGGUUCCACGAUCUUGCGCAGUAUUGGAGGAGUUAG